GGCAAAUACAAGCUUGCAGUCGUGCAGUUCACAGCCACUUCUUUCCUGGAGGCAGAGAGCAAUGCUUAGUUUACUGACAGGCAGGCCAGCAGACCGACAAGAAGUCAGGAUAUAUUCUCAUAGCACUGGCAGAUGGUAACACCACCAGUGGGUCUUCUGAAGCCCACUUUGACUCUCCUGGGUAGGAUUGCUUCUGAAUGCACAUUCAUCCUCCUCCACUGCUGGCAGUUAAGCGCUGUGGAUGCACUCGACCACAGGCUCACUUCACAAUCCUGCUUCUGUCUCAACGCUCUUACCAAAGCUGUACCCGCGGGAAGAGGAUACACAUGUUUUAUUGACAGAGCGACAGGUGGUUUGAGCUUGAGCUGCUGGUGGACUCUGAGAUUUCUUCCCAUCUGUGGUGAACUGUGGCAUCUUUGGAGCCAGUAUGUUACCGACUCUUGUAGCAUGUUUGGCAUUCAUCCUGCUGGGAUCAGGGCAGGCUCAGGUUGGCACACAGACUCAAAGUCAGAGUCAGGUUCAGGGACAGGACAGUGCUUCCAGCCCUUGGAGGCAAGUAAUCCAGUGGGAAAAUAAUGGUCAGCUCUUCAGCCUGCUGAACAGUGGAGCUGAAUAUGUUCCUGCUGGGGUGGGGACCCAGGAAAGUGCUCCCAGAGUGGUGGUGGCAGACAGUCGUCCACGCUCUUCACGCAGACCUCAGGGAGGAAAUGUCCGCAGACAGGCUCCGUCAAGAGGAUCUUCUGAAACAGUCCGCGGCCAGGCAAGGCAUCCAUUUGGUUUUGGACAAGUGCCUGACAAUUGGAGGCAAACUACUGGCAGCACAGGCAGUAGCCAGUUCCAGGGAUCCUCCAGCAGCCGUUUCCGGCCAUCCACAGGCUCGUCGUCAUCAUCGUCAUCGUCAUCUUCAUCCUUCUCGUCGUCAUCAUACAAUGUACCAUCCUACCCACAGUAUCCAUUUCCUCAACAGCCUCCAUAUCGACCAGUUCCAUAUGACCCAAGCUUUGUGGAUGUACCAGUCAGGAACUAUGAACCCCCAUUUCAACAAGUCGUCAGCGGAGGAUAUGGCGGUGGAGGGUUCACAACUGGACUUGGCUAUGCUGGAGCAGGAUAUGGAGGUGGAUUAGCUCCUGUACUCCCAGGAUCUCCCUCUGACUUUUCCGAUGACAGCUACCGUUAUUACCAGUCCUAUGGCUACGGGCCCAAUCCUGUUGCGCCCGUGGUGCCGGCACAAGCUGCACAGCCACCGUUUGCAGACGGCCUGGACCACAGAUACACCCACAGUCUCUACAAUGAGGAAUCAGUUCCUGCUGCUGUCCCUGCCUCCAGUGCAAACCAGAGCCCUCAAGUAGUUGUGGACAGGACAGGAUCUGUGGGUCAACCGUCAGUCAGGAGCCCUCAGUUUGAGCAGUUUCCCCCAUUCGGAAGACCCCAGCCACCCUUCCUGCAGCCGAUUUCCCCAGCAAGAAAUUCUCCAAACUCUGCUAUUGAGAAUCCCAGCAUUAAUGCUGGAAGUGUGUAUCGGAGAGAACAGAGAGGUCUGCCUGAUCUUGUUCCUGACCCCAACUACGUCCAGGCGUCCACUUACAUCCAGAGAGCCCACAUGUAUUCUCUCCGAUGUGCUGCUGAGGAAAAAUGUCUGUCAAGCUCUGCCUAUGGCCAGGACACCAGUGACUAUGAUGUGAGGGUCCUGCUGAGAUUCCCACAGAGGGUGAAAAACAAGGGCACUGCUGACUUCAUGCCGAACAGACCGCGUCACACCUGGGAAUGGCACAGCUGUCAUCAGCAUUACCACAGUAUGGAUGAGUUCAGCCAUUAUGAUUUACUGGAGGUCAGUACCGGCCGGAAAGUGGCUGAGGGACACAAGGCCAGCUUCUGUCUGGAGGACACCACCUGUGACUUUGGUCACCUGAAGCGUUACGCUUGCACCGCUCACACUCAGGGUCUGAGUCCGGGUUGCUACGACACAUACAAUGCUGAUAUUGACUGCCAGUGGAUCGACAUCACAGACAUCCAACCUGGCAACUACAUACUAAAGCUCCAGGUUAACCCCAAGUUCCUGGUGCUGGAGUCAGAUUUCACCAACAACGUGAUCAGAUGUAACAUUCACUACACAGGACGGUUUGUCACAACAACCAACUGUAAAUUAGCACAGUCUUGAUCGGGUGCCAGAAGAGCUGCCGCAUUCGAGUGACCCUGAUCGCUAUUCCAUUGAAAUGUGAAUGGAAUCCAUUAGUUGUUGGUUCGUUGUUGGCGUUGUCUCGACAUUUCAGUGCUGUUUCGCGGUUCCGAACACCGGAUCCACCAGCACUGAUGAUGUGCGAGGGUUUUUUUUGCAUCAUGCAUAUUGCACACACACAAAAAAAUAUGCCAAUAAUGAACCAACAUUUUACAUCCCUGCAAUCAACGGCAAACACCUCUCAUACUGCAGCUCCCGCAGUCUGGCUCGGUGACGUGUUCGGGCUCACUGUUGACUUCUGUGAGAGGUGUUUACUGUGUAGCCACAUAAACAUUACCAACGCCACCCCCCCCCCCCCCCAAACUUCCCCACAGAGUGACUUUGUCUGAAUUAUAAAUAGCCUGAAAUGGUGGUAGUGCAGAAAUGAGAGGUUGCAAACAAGUCAGGGUUCAGCUGCAAUUCAACAAAUGAAAUUAGGGGACAAAGGCUUCCCAGGUGCAUUCAUCCAUGCAGUGUAGGGACAGACAACAGAGAUGCCCAGUGACUCAGAAGAACUAUAAUCUGUUAUUUUUCUCUCUCGCUCGCUCUCUCUCGCUCUCUCUCCUGCCUCGGUGGGUCUAACUGGGAGGAAUACUGUGAUUCUCUGGGCACAUCCUGCUUAAUGUUGUGUUAACAGCGAGGGGAAGACAGCAGGUCAUAUUUGCAUUCGUCAGCGUGAAAAUCACCUCCUCUAAAUCCUCGCAUAUUUACGACGAGGUCCCAAUUUUUCCUUUCCUAUUUCAAGAAAAGAGUAACAGGAAGCUCAGCUGGCAGAAAAGGGCGCCUUCCAAAAACAACUACUAGACCAAGCCAUGUGCUCACAUCGUGUUGAGGCCCCUUCUUCAACUACCAACACUGGUCAGGUGGCACAUAGGUCAUCUCCACCUUUUUGAAGAAUGUAUAUACAAAUAAUCCACUGAUGCAUGACUUCAAUGAUGGCGGUUAUUGUGAUGUAACUGAUUGUACUUUGUUUAUCCAUUUUGACCUGUUACUGUAAUUGUGAUUGAGUUUAUAUCUAUAUAUUUUCUUGAUAACCUGAACGAUA